AUGCGAGAGUAUGGCGGAGACUACAAGACGGUGACUGAAACCCAAAGAGAGUAUGAAGAUCCCGACUACUUUUAUGGAGAAAUCAGCGCUGGAGAGGGAGACAGUCAUUCAAGUCGACCAGACAGUACAAGAAGAAUCGUUGUGAAUGCGCUACCACCGGUGCCUCCUCCAGCGAAACCUACCCAUUUGGCCAUACACAACCCUAAAAAGGCAAGUGAACAUAACCCAAGACCACGUCAAAUGGUUAACGGUGGGUAA